AUGCCCGGGGAUCCUGAAAUCUGGGAGGGUAAUUUACCGAGUGCACUCAAUCCAGGGGUCUCUAUUCACGGCUAUGGUACAAUUGGAUUCCCACUCACUGAGCAUGACUUUGAAAAAAUAAUGGCAGCAAGCGGUUCAGAAUCUGGCGAGUUCUCUGAAAAUACGCCUACUCCAUCUCAUGUAUAUACCAUUCCUGGCAACAAGAUAUCUACGAGAAACCCCGCUUGGACAUCAGCAAUUCAAUCGAUAGUGGAAAAAGUGAAGAUUGGGUUGGGAUUGGAGAAUAAGAGCGCUCAUGCAGAAUUUUGUGAAAUCACCUCAAGUUCACUGUGUUUUAACAAGAUAUGUAGCUCAGUUCGGAUGCCUUCUAGGCAGAAUUUUGCAAUAUUAGACAUCAUUCUACCAUCUGCCAGAGGAAGCGAAAACUUUAUUCUUGAACACAAUGGGAAAAGAGUCCAAUUUCAGAACGACGGAUGCUCAGAAUGGGACUGCUCCUUUCUUUCAUGGGUUUUUACAGAUGUAUUGGUGAAGAGUUCGCCAUUAACUUCAGGUCGCCGCCUCAUUCUCAGAUAUGAUCUUCAGCAUACCCUGCCAGGAGAGACUAGUUCUGCUACCGCCUUAGGGGCUUCAUUAUCUAAUCUAAAAAGCAUAUUGGAACCCUGGACAAGAGACGCCAUGUUAGUCCCUAAAAAUGUAUUGGGAUAUGUGCUUUCAAAAGAAGACCAAUCUGAUAUGUCCCCUCAAAAGCUUUGCGGAAACGAUCGUCUUGUUUUCAAUCAGCUCAAGGAAGUCUGCACGGAAAGUAGUUUCGAGCUCUACCUGUCAACAUUAGAGAAAAAAGCCAGUGGUCCAACUGUCCCAACUGGAUAUGACGUUUAUUGUAACUAUGAUUCAGACGAGGAACAUGAAAUGGAGGAAAUUGAGGAAUCGUUACACAUCACCAAGCUUGUAAAUCUCGACGGUGAAGCGCUGCGUGCAGAUGUUGCUAUUGUUGAUGAAGAAAGCCUCAUUAAUGAUGAUCCUUUCGACGGGGCCAGCACUGAUGAAGAGGACUACGAGGAAGGAGAAGUGAUAAAAUAUUAUCGUGCUUCUCUAAGUUCACUUGCUAAUAAUUACAGACAGUUGAACGGCUGA